AUGGACGAGCUUGCUGCAGAAGGAGGAGGGAAAGUGAGAAUUGUUAAAUAUGUAAAGACUAAGGAAGAGGAAGAGGCCGCCAAAUUUGGAGUGGAAGAAUGGCUAGGCUUAAGAAGUGAAGUGCACAAGUGGACGCUUGUUGGACUUGUGAUGACCUGGACAUGA